AUGUCAGCUCGUAAAGUUCUCAUUCUGUUUCUGAUCGCGUUAAUCUUUCUCAUCCCCUUGGUUGAGUUAUCGAUCGGGUUUUACUAUGUUGAUUCUGUUCAACUGUGUCCGUUACAACCUGACACUGCGCUAUUCUUGUCGAUCGGCGGUGUAUUUUUGGCAAUCUUUUUUGCAGCUGCAUUGGGUUUCAUCUAUUCUAUAACUCCAGCACGAUUCAAAGCUGCCAAAGGACUAACAACAGCACAGAUAAGUGCGAAAGGAAGUAGUGUGGGAAUGCAGAUAUUAAUCGGUGCGAUUGCAUUCAUAUUCGGUGCAUGUGCAUUUAUAUUUAUCGUACUUUUGAAUACUCGUGUAUAUGGAAAUAUGAAAAAAGUUCAGUGGACGUCUCCAACCGGCUCAAAUUAUUGUUUAUAUGCAAUCUCUAUCUCCGCAUUUGCCAUGGUCAUCGCGAAUUAUGUCGCUUUUGCAUUGCUUCUCCUCGUUGCAGCAAUUCUAUUACUAGGAAUUGGAUUGUAA